AUAGACAUUGUAAAUAGGUUUUAAAAAAUGUCUGCAGUAGCUCAAGAAUAAUUAUUAUAAAUUAUGUCUAAAAUAUUCCAAGGUAAAUUAAAUAUUCCGAGAUAAAAAGAAAUAUUCUGAGGUAAAAAGAAUUAUUCCGAGGUAAAUUGAUAAUGUCUAUAGUAGCUCAAGAUAUAUCUAGAAUAUGUUUGGGUUUGAUAUCCGAAAAACAAACAGAAAGAAAGCAAAGUGCAAACAAGUUAGAGGUUUUUUUAAAAGAAAAAGAAACAAUUUUACUACUGGAUGAUGCUAGCAAACGUAAAAUACGCAAUGAUAUUACUUGGGAUUUGCUUGUCCAAAGAGUUGCAAAGUAUAAUUUAAUUGAGAUCGAAAAUAUAAAAGCAUCAGUUCAACUAGAUGCAACAAAAAGAAAGCAUAAGGAAGUUGCUGACCUUUAUCAAUAUGUAAUUCAAGUUGCUGAAGGCCGAGAUCUGCAUGUUAAGGCAAACCAUGUGUUUAAUCAUGUGACUAAUGUAUUACAGAAGGUUGACCAAAGCAGCCCUUUUGUUACUGUAUACAGUAAUAUACUAAUAAAAACUUUCUUGACAAAUCGGAAACAUUUUUCAGAGUUGACUGCUAAGAUGUGGCAAGAAAUUUUAAUGAUUUAUUGCAAAUUGAUAAUGGAAUACCCCCAAGCAACCUCCCUUGUUCAAUAUGCUCAAGUGUUGCAACAAUUACUUAUGAUAUCACCAAAUAUUUCUUACACUCCAAAUGAUUUUCUUUUGUCUUUCUUUGAAAUGGUUUUCAAAAAAUUUAAACUGGAUAAAAAUCUUUCUUUUCUGGAAAUAGUUCUUCGUUCUUUUAAUUUAUUUUGUCAAAGAAGCAUGUUAGAUAUUAGGAGAAGGGUUUGUAUGAUGAGCGAAGAACUUUUCACUGUGUUUAUACAAAUGUGGAAGUAUCAGGCUCCAAAUAUAAAGAUUCAACUGGUUGCAUUUUUUAAUAAACUUCUACUCAUGCAAAAAUAUUUUCACAGUAAGAGGAGUUGCUGGCAGGAAUGUUUGAAAGAGUUGUUUGGCUUAGUUUACCAAGAGUUUUUUUAUUUAAGUGGAAGAAUCUCUAUACACAGUAGUAUAACAAUUUGUGAAGAAAAAGAGAUGGUACAGUUUGCAGCAUCAGUCUUUUCUCAGAUGCUUGUUCUUACAGUCGACAAUCAAAAUAUAUCAGUUACUUAUUCAGUCACAAGCACAGGUGUUGCUCGUAAAAAAAGCAAAAUUUCUUUUGAAUCACCAUUAGAUAUGCUAUUUCAGGGCUUGCAAAAAGUUCCAGACUCUGACUCUUCAGUUGUAUGGUUGCAAAUGCUGGAUGAGCUUUUUAAAUCACACAUGUUGAUUAUGUUGAAAAAUUGCAUUUCCAACAAGUUUCUUUCAAUUUUGCAUCAAAACCUACUUCGUUGUAAAAAAAAAGAAAUUUUGAAAUGGUUAUUAAAACCUCUUCUAACCAUUUUGUAUGCUCGACCACCUGAUAUUUUUGUUGAAAGUGCAAAUCAAUUGAUCCUGUCUAUAUCAAAGACAUGUUUAAAAGUUUUUAGUUCAGAUCCAAGUUUAUUAGAGGCUAUUGAUGUUAUGGCUUUUUUGUGGAAGAAUAAAUUAGUUGGCUGUAGUUCAGAUAUCUUCAAGUUAUUUUCUCUAAAUGUUGCAAUACCUAAAAGUGAAACGCUGAAUCUGUUAAAAGUAGUUUUAGAAUCAGAAUAUUUUCCAGAGAAUCUUGAUUUGGUAACCAGUUCAUUUUUCAGCACUAAUGUCUCAUCAAAUUAUCCGUUGCGUCAUUAUUUAUUAAAUUGGCUUAUACCUAUAUCUGAUGAAGCAGAAAAUCUAAAGUUAAUUGAAAGAUUAAGUAGUGAAUUUCCUUUGGUUGGAUUUAUUUUAACCUGUCUAAUAUCUUCUACACCAAUUGUGUUUUGUAAAACCAAUAAAUUUGGAACAUUAGCAGUACCAUAUAAAGUUGUACACAAGUUUGCAAAUGAGGAGGACUUUCUAAUUUUAUCAAAUGAAAUGAAGGAAAAUAAAUCCUUGUUAGAUGACUUUUCAUAUGAGUGUUCUAAAGAUUCAUUAAAAAGGUAUGAAAGCCUGAGUAACGUUGAAAAUACUGUUGUAGAGAAGUUAUCUAUUAUGGUAGAGUGUGUUGCUACAUGCUCUGUUUCGGAAAAUGAGUUUUGUCGAAUGUUAAAGUUAAUCACCAAUGUUUUUGUAUUUUUAAUGAAUUUGGGAAUACAAAGUGAAAAGUUUUUAAAAGGAACUCGAAUGACUGAUAAAGUUUCUUAUUUGCAAGAAAAAGUGAUGGCAAAGUACAUGGAGUUUUUUGAGAAAGUCAAAGAUUGCAAAGAAAAUUCAAAACAUAAAUGCAUUAACGAAUCUUUAAUUAUCAUUAAAAAUUUUAUUUAUAGUUACCUGGACAAUAUUGGUUAUUUGUUAAAAAAUUUACCUGGUGCUAUGGUCAACUUGCUACUACACAAUAUUGAGAAAUGCUUAACUGAACCAAUGUAUCAAGUAUUUGAAUCAAUCGACAGUGAAAUAAACAAUAAAAAGAACAAUAAAUUUAGUAACAAUCCAGAUCAUAAUCUAUUAAAAAGAGAUUGUUUAUCAGAAACUGAACAAAUACAGUUAACAUCUUGUGAGGCAGUUAUGUUUUUGUUAAUGGAAUCAAAAAGUUUUAUUAAAGAAAAAGAAAGAUUUUAUAAUUUUUUUAAAGAGAUGAAAGAUGUCAGUUAUGUUGAGCUACAAAUGCUAAUAUGUUGCAAUGAGUUUAUGGUCAAAUAUAACAUUAAACUUCAGGCAGAAUUCAUUUUAUCAUUAGUUUUGCUUUCAAGAACUUUUCUUUCUGUUUAUCGUUUUGACCAAGAUGUUUGCUCUGCAAUUUUAUCUGGUCUGGUUUAUUAUAUUCAACUAAUACAAGAUUUUAAUGAUUCACUGUUUAAUGAAGCUCGAAUAACAAUUGUUCAAAUUCUUAGUGUGUUCUGGUUGGUUCGCAAAGAGAAAUGCUGUCCAGAGCUUCAAACUAACAUAUGUAAUGCUUUAAGAAGUAUUAUUAUGGUUAAUAAUACAGAAAUAUGGAAAUUGAACCCUGACCAAUCAGAAAACAAUCAAGAUUUUUUGAAUUUGCCUUCAUACCUACUUAUUCAGCUACUUACUGAUGAGAAUACAUUUGUGCAAGUUCACGCAGCUAAAUCAUUGAAUGUGUUGUUUCUCAAUAAAUCUGUUGCAGAAAAGGAAAAGAAUUUUUCACUUUUACUGGAAACAUUAGAAAGUUUAAUUCUAUUUAAUAAUCAGGGAGUUCUAAAUAAAGAAGAUGAAGUUUUUAAUAGGAGAGCGAUUGUGAUACUAUCAUUAUCUGAAGUUAUAUUAUGUGACGAUUACCUUGAUAAAAAUGCAUUACUGUCAUUGUUAAACUAUGUAGAAGCUGGAUUUCUUAAGCCAAAAAAGGUUUUCAAGGCGUUAGAAUCUGUAUCAACAAAACUUCAUUACAAAACUAUCUUGGCUUAUAUGAAACCUAGAAUAGGUUUUAUUUUGUUUCAUUUUCUUGAGAGGAACUGUCUUAUCAAUGACUUCCCAUCAACUUGUUUUGGAAUUCCUUUUGAUGAGUUUAUAAAAAAAAAUUAUAAAGUUAUUGUUGCAUACUUGGUACUUAAGAAUGAUUAUAAAUCUAUUGAAAGUCUUCAUCAAUAUAUUGACAACAGACAACUACUGGUUGAUAGUUUUACUUUGAUUGCUUCGUUUGCCUUACCUGGUUAUGUUGAACAUUUAGCUAAUGUUAAAUCAAGUGAUUCAAUUAAUGUUAUGGAACAGUUUACAAAUUGUAUAACUGUUGAAGUAUUUAAUAACGAAGUUGUAAAAAACUUUUGUAAAAUCAUGGUUGAGUUGUUUCUACGAGUAUAUGAUUCCCCAAGUGCAAACAUGUGUACUUCUAAGUUUACCAGAGUUGGCGAUCCAUGUUUUUUUUAUCCAACCUUUUCUUCAAAUGCAGUAAAGAUGGUCAUUUCUUAUAUGGCUAGUUGUUAUGGAACAAAAAAGCAACCUAUAAGCAUUUUCUUAAAAUUGCCUGCUUCUAUUCUGAAAAUAUUAGUGUCCAUCGCUCUCCAUGCAAUAAAAUCUAUAGAGGAAUUAAAUAAGUUGUCAUGCAUUCGUUCCUAUUACUGUUUUGCAUAUUUUUUGUUAGAAAAUUUGAAAGAUUUAGAAGAAGUUUGUGGAAAAAGUUUAGUUCGUGAACUGUUGUACAGAAGCUUAACUUUUGCUGAAAUCUCAAAUGAAAGAAUUUCUAUUAUUGGUUUAAAAGUUCUUAAAAUGCUUUGUAAAUGCAUGGAAAAGCAUUUGUUUGUUUCAAAAGAAAUUGCUUUGCACAUGCAGCUAUUAGUGAAUAAACUUCAAUAUUUUUCAUCAGAUUUGUGUAUACCUAAAGCAAAAUUUGCAUUAAAAUUAUUGCACUACUUACUCCUAGAUUGUACUCAUUAUGAUGAUCUCCGCAAUGCUUUUUUAUCAUUGGAUAGCUUUUCAGAUUUGCAGCAGUUUCAUAUACUUAACAACAAAUUAAUUGAUAUUAAAAGCCAUGUAGAUAGAUUGGAUAUCCAUCAUGAUUUUAGAAGAAUGAUCAAGACUUUAAAAGACUUCAGCUAUAUUAAUCCUGACCAAACACUUUCCUAUCUUAAAACAUAUUUGGAUAAAAAUGUGUCUUCAUUAACUCAAGAUGGCAAUCUCUUGGUUCUUAUUGAUUGUUUAAAAGAAAUUUGUAUCUCAGGUUCAACAGCUUCUCAGAUUUUAGCUGUAGAUUGCUUGGGGUUAGUAGGCCCUGGUGUUUUAUCUCCAUUGAUGCAAUCUGUUGAACAAGAUGACGGUUGCAUGCAUAAUGACGAACUGAAAAGUAUCAUGUUAGAAAAUCCUUUGGUUGUUCAGCUUCACAUUAUUCUAAAAGAAAUUGUAAAUUCAUGUAUUGAUAAUAGUGUAAAAAUAGCACAUAUAGCAUAUACUUGUCUUGAGCGAGUUUUACAAGCAGAAGAAAUUAAAGACUUGUUAAAGUUAUUCAGAAGAUGUUCUUUUAUGUCAUACAUGACACCUUUCAUCAUGAAAAAAAAUAAGUAUUUAUUAAGACCAAAGAUAGCACCUAUUUCACUAGAUUCGUUGCACAUGAGCUUACAAAAGCUAAAAAUUGACUCAAAUGAAACAUGCGACAACUGGAUAAAAACACUCAUUACAUUAUUGUUAUCAUCAGGAAUAGUUAAGAAUAAUAUAUUUACAGAUAUCCUGCCAUUAUGCCAACAAAAAACAAGGUUUGCAAAAUUGGUGUUACCGUAUGUUGUACAUAAUAUUCUUAUUGCUGAUGAGGCCUAUAGAUUGGCAUUUAGCAAAGUGUUUUCAUCAUGGGUCACUGAUUUUAUUUCAAUGAAUGACAGCUGCAAACAUCUUAAUGAAGCAAAAGAUAAAAUGAUGGAGUUAAUAUCCCUUACAACAUACUUGCGAUGUUUGGAUGUUCCGUUUGUAAUAGGGCGACCUGUUACAUCAUGGGACAACAAUUUUUGGAUGGAUUUUAAUUACUUUGAUCUUUCUCAGGCAGCACUGCGCUGUUCAGAAUACUUCACUGCUGCACUUUUUAUGGAAAUCUGGGCUGAUGAUUUAAGAAAAUUGUUCAGUUUGGAUACUCAAGCUAAUACAAGUGAAGAAUCAAAUUUUUCAAGUCAGGAUUUUCAUAUACAAGGACUUACAGGAUUUUCUAAUGAUGUGCUCAAUAGUUCCUGUCAAAAACUACUUUAUGAAAUAUACACAAAUAUUGGUGAUGUAGAUGCAGUUUAUGGAGUUGGUGCUGGUAGCAUCUCUUUACCUCAUACAAGAAUACAAACAUACCAGCAUGAGCAAGAAUUUAAUAAAGCUCUAUUAACUAGUGAUCUGCUAUCCAUGCAUACAAGACAAUCAAUGUCUUCAAAUAACCUCAGUAUUGUUUUAGAGAAUUUAAUGAACUCUGGUCUUCAUCACAUAGCAACAGUUUACAUGAAAGGUCUCUCACAAAUUGAUGCAACCAAGUUAGAAGAAAUUAAGUUUGAGAUUGCUUGGAGAAAUAGUAUUUGGGAUACUAAUGAGAUAAGCUGUGAAAUGACAGAUAAUCUUGGUUUCAAUGGAAAUUUAUAUCAAUCAUUAAGAUAUUUGAACUGUGGAGAUAUAGAUGCAUUUCAUUUUCAUUUGAAUAAUGCUAAAUUAAAUGUUGUUCACAAAGUACCAAAAAGUCGUCAAGCUUCAAAAUCAUUGUACGAUUUUUUAUCAAAAUGUUUUACAUUAAAUAUGCUCGAAAAAGCUUCAAAUUUUCUGGAAAGUAAUGUUUCAAACAGUUUUUUAAACUGCUGUGAACUACGGAAUGAUUUCAAGUAUUAUGAGCCAGCUUUUGUUGCGUCUGUUUCAGUUUUAAAAAUUGGUUGUGUUCGUGAAAAUAUUCUUGAUGCUACAGAGCAGAAUCUUAGACAUCUCUGUAAAAUUGCAAGGGAGUCUAAAAGAUUUGAGAUUUCAGAAAAAUGCAUUCAACAGUUCAGAGAAUUUGAAAAGAUUGGUAAAGUUUCUUUAAAUUGGAAGCUUGAAGAAGCAAAGCUGUAUUGGGCCAGAGGAGAAACUAGUCAUGCUAUUCAUGUUCUAAAGACACUUAUCAGUUGUUAUAAAAAGGUUGAAUCUGAAGCUGCUGCUUCAUUGUAUCCUGUUGCGCUGAGUUUGUAUGGUCACUGGCUCGGAGAAACCAGGUCACAAAACUCUGUUCAGAUUAUGGAGAAGUAUUUAGAACCUGCAAUUGCAAUUAUGGAAAGAAAAGACUACAAUGGAAUAUAUACACCAAUUGAUGCGUAUCAUUCUUUAGCUAAGUAUGCAGAUGUUCAAUAUGAAGCAUUAUUCGAAUAUACUAAGUCACAAGAUUUUGAGAUUAAGCAGUCUGUAAUUAGGAAAAAUAGGGUUGAGUUAUCUACCAUUCCAAAAAAAAUUAUUGACCAGCAAUUAAAACAUCACUCUACAAGCAUUGAGAAGCAGCUGAAUAUUGAUGAGACAGAGCGGGAUCAAGUUUAUAAUGAUAAAAAACGAUUUUUGCAAAAAGCAAUCCAUAACUAUUGCAGGUGUCUUCAAUGUGGAGACAAAUAUGACUUAAAAGUUCUUCGUUUAUGUUCAUUGUGGUUCGAAAAUUUUGAUAAUGAAGCUAUUAAUAUUGAACUGAAGGAAAACAUGGUUCACCUUCCUUCAAAAAAGUUCUUACUUGUGAUGUAUCAACUUGCGGCUCGUUUAGGAACUUCCAUGACCCAACAAUGCGAUUUUUUUAACAAUAAUCUACAAAAGAUAAUAGAACAAUGUGUUAUGGAUCAUCCACAUCACACCUUGUUUAUCCUUUUUGCACUUUGCAAUGCAGAUAUAGAAGGAAGAAUGAAUUCAAGAGAUAUAAAACGAUCUAAUAAACUGUCUACAUCUGAACAGGAUGUACAAGAUAAAUCCAGAAUACAAGCAGCUCAAAAUGUUUUAAAUCGUUUAAAAUGUUCAAGCCCUAAGAUUAUUCAAGAUACAGAGCGAUUGGUUAUGGCGUAUAUUGAACUUGCAUAUUGGGAUAUUAGCCAUCUAAAAAAUCAGAAAGGUCCAUUUCAACUUCCUGAAGCAAAGUUGAUUCGAAAAAUUAGUAAUUUGGAAACAAUCGCAUGCCCUACAAUUCCUCUUGAGAUUGAUCCAUCCUGUAAAUAUGAGAAGGUCAUAUAUAUUACAAAAUUUGAUGGUCAAUUUACGCAUGCAGGGGGUAUUAACUUGCCAAAAAUAGUUAGCUGUAUUGGAUCAGAUGGUAAAACAAGACGGCAACUUGUUAAGGGUAGAGAUGAUUUAAGACAGGAUGCAGUGAUGCAACAGGUUUUUGGAGUUGUAAACCUUUUACUAAAAAAUGAUCUUAAAUGUAAAAGAAGAAAUCUAUCAGUGCGAACAUACAAGGUUGUACCUCUGUCCCGCAAAAGUGGUGUAAUGGAAUGGUGUGAAGGUACUAUUCCUCUUGGUGAAUAUCUUCUUUGUGGUCGAAAUGGCAAUGCUGGUGCACAUAAAAGAUACUACCCAAAUGAUUGGUCACAUUCAGAUUGUCGAGCAAAGCUAUUAGAAGCAACUGUUCAUGAUGGCAAAAAUUCUAAACUUAAUGUGUUUUUAAAAAUUAUGAAACACUUUCAUCCUGUUUUUCGACAUUUUUUUACUGAAAAUUUUAAAGAUCCUGCAGUUUGGUUUGAAAGAAGAAUGAGUUAUACAAAAAGUGUUGCUGUGUGUUCAAUAGUUGGUUACAUUGUUGGUUUGGGUGAUCGACAUUGUCAAAAUAUUCUUAUUGAUUGCAAUACUGCAGAAAUUGUGCAUAUAGAUUUAGGCAUUGCUUUUGAACAAGGAAGGCUUCUUCCAACACCUGAAAGGGUACCAUUUCGUCUUACACGUGACAUUGUAGAUGGAAUGGGAAUAAUAGGAAUUGAAGGUGUAUUUCGACGUUGCUGCGAAGAGACACUUUUACUGAUGAGAGAAUCUCGAGACGCCAUUAUAACCAUCAUUGAAGUUCUUCUUUAUGAUCCGUUAUCAACAUGGACUGUCACAACUAGUAAGGCAGUUCAGAUACAAGCUAAAUGUAGUGAUUUUCUUGAAGCACAAGAUGGCAGAACUGUUUUUGAUAAUGAUAAUAGAGGCAAAGCAAGCGAUAUUGAAAAAAAUAAAAUGGCUGAGCGAGUCUUGCUUCGUUUAAAACAAAAGUUAUCUGGUAUGGAGGGAGGUGGUUUUUUAAGUAUUCAAGGACAUGUAAAUUACUUGAUUCAGGAAGCCCAAAGUACUGAAAAUUUAUGCAAGCUAUAUCCUGGUUGGCAACCAUGGCUGUAAUGAAAUUUAAAACUUAGAUUGCAUCUGUAUAAAAGUUGAAGUAACUCAAACAAUUUUUACAUAAAAAUUAUUGUAAUUAGUAUUCUCAAAUAUAUUUCUUAUUUCUGACGCAA